UGUGAUCGUUAAGAACAAGAAGGUUGGACUGCUCUACCGGCUGAUACAGCUAGCCAUCUUGGUGUACCUGCUGGGGCGCUGAGCCUGCUUGGGCCUGAUAGCCGUCCUCAGCCUCUGUCCUGUGGAGGAGUCACGAUCCCAGAGCUGGAUCAGAAACCACAUCUCUGACGUGCUCCUGAACUGGCAUCAGCCAGUCUGCCCGAAGGCUUCUUCUAAUGAGGAUGAGCUCACCUACAUCGUCAAGGUGGGUGUUCCUGGUGAAGAAAGGCUACCAGGAAGUGAGUACAGCAAUCCAGAGCUCCGUCAUCACCAAAGUCAAAGGCGUGGCCUUCACCAACACUUCAGAGCUGAAGGAGCGGCUCUGGGACGUGGCGGACUACGUCAUCCCCUCCCAGGGAGAAAAUGUUUUCUUCAUUGUCACCAACCUCAUUGUGACCCCAAAUCAGCGGCAGUCCCACUGUGCUGAGCAGAGCUCCCACAUCCCCGGUGCCAUGUGCUUCCAAGACAGUGACUGCCCCAAAGGAGAAGCUAUCAUAACUGGGAAUGGAGUGAAGACUGGCACCUGUCUGAUGGAAGCUGGCAAUAGCAGUGGCACAUGUGAGAUCUUUGCCUGGUGCCCGGUGGAGAAGGUGUCCAAGCCCAAGAAGCCACUUUUGGGAAAGGCUGAAGACUUUACCGUCUACAUAAAGAAUACCAUUUGCUUCCCCAGAUUCAACUUUUCCAAGUCCAAUGUGUUGCAGACCAAGGACAGAAGCUUUCUGAAAUUCUGCCGCUUUAGUCCUGACAACCACUAUUGCCCUAUCUUCCGGCUGGGCACUCUGGUCAGCUACACUGGGAAUGACUUUCAGGAAAUGGCCUUGGAGGGGGGGGUGAUAGGAAUUCAGAUUGAAUGGGACUGUGAUCUGGACAGAGGUCCCUCAGCCUGUGAGCCUCAGUAUUCCUUCAGGCGCCUAGACAACAGGUUUGCAGAGAAGUCUGUCUCUUCUGGAUACAACUUCAGAUUCGCUAAGUAUUACCAAGAUGCCAACGGGGAGGAGUUCCGCACACUGAUGAAGGUCUACGGGAUCCGCUUUGAUGUGCUGGUGAAUGGCAAGGCUGGGAAAUUCAACAUCAUCCCCAUGGUCAUCAACGUGGGCACAAGCGUGGCUCUCAUGGGUGCUGGGGCUUUCUUCUGCGACUUAGUGCUCAUCUACCUGAUCAAAAAAAGCCACUUCUAUCGAGAAAAGAAAUACGAACAAGUGAGGUUAAGCUCACAAAAAUUCCUGCCUAGGUGCCUGGUAAAUGGGAAGCAGGACUCAGGCCUCCCAACUGGAGAGGAGCCCCUAGGGCAAGUCCAGACGGUGGAGAAGUAGUUGGAGCCUCUCUCCUGAG